GGCGGCGGCAGGUCGAGGCUGUUUUUUCUCUUCACGACUCCACAGGAACAGGAUUUCUCCUCCUCCACUUCUUCUUCUUCUUUGAUUUGAUUUGUUUUGUGAAAAGCGACUGAGGGACGAUGAGCGGCCGCCUGAUCCGCCUGGCCGGCCUGCUGGCUGUGCUGAGCGCCGUGCAGGCCACCUACACCUGGCACUCGACGAUGCGUUGUCUGUGCAACGGGAAAUCUCGGUACUGCCUGCGGGACGCCUGGGGCCUGCGCUGCGUCGACUGCCAGGGCAACACGGAGGGCCGCCACUGCGAGCGCUGCAAGGACGGCUUCUACCAGCAGGGGGCGCGGCAGGACUGCAUGCCCUGCGGCUGCCACGGCGCAGGCUCGGUCAGCGCGCGGUGUGACAGCAGGGGGCGCUGCAGCUGUAAGGAGGGCGUGUCAGGAGACAAAUGUGACCGUUGCCGUGACGGCGUGAUGGGACCGGACGGCUGCAGGCAGAGUCGUCAGCCCAGACAGGAAGCGGAAACGCCGGCGUGUUUCUGUUUCGGCCACAGCAGCCGCUGCUCGGCCACGCCCGGCUUCUCCGUCCACAACAUCACCUCCGACUUCAGCACAGGUGUGGAUGGCUGGCAUGUAGCCACAGCGCAGGGCGUCGCCCUGGACGACGUGAGCUUCCGCUGGUCCCCAAAGUACAAAGACAUCGAGGUGAUCUCCAAGAACAGCCAGCCGGUCUACCUGCACGCCCCAGCUCCCUUCCUGGGGAAUCACUUGCUGAGUUACGGUCAGAACUUGUCCUUCUCUCUGCGUCUGGACCGCGGCGUUCGCCGUCCGUCCACCAGCGACAUCAUUCUGGAAGGUUCCGGCCUGCGAGUGUCGGCCUCGCUGGGCGACCUCCGCUCCAUCGUGCCCUGCGGACAGAAGAUCACCUACAGCUUCAGGCUGGACGAGCGGCUCAGCUGCAGGUGGAGGCCUCAGCUGUCCAGCCUGCAGUUCCAGAUGCUCCUGCAGAACCUCACCGCCAUCAAGAUCCGAGCCACGUUUGGUGAAAAUGGCCGUGGUUACCUUGACAACGUGCAGCUGGUGUCGGCGCGGCGGGGCGACGGCGUGCCAGCGGGCUGGGUGCAGAGCUGCCGCUGCCCGCUGGGCCACCAGGGCCAGUUCUGCGAGCGGUGUGCCUCAGGGUUCAAACGUCGGGUCCCUGAACUUGGAGCCUUCAGCGACUGUGAGCCCUGCCACUGCCGGGGCGGGAAGUGCGACCCGGAGACAGGUGACUGUUACUCUGCGGACGAGACGCCGGGAAGCUCCAGCUGUCCGCCCGGGUCUUACAGGGACCCCCUGCGGCCGCUGAUCUGUCUGCAGUGCCCCUGUCCCGCCGGAGAGUCCUGCUCGCUGGACGCCGCGACCCGCCGGGUCCUCUGCGGCGGCUGUCCGCCCGGCACCACCGGCUCCGGAUGCAGCGUCUGUCAGAGCGGUUUCUAUGGCAACCCGGCAGCCGGCGGAUGCCAGCCCUGCAGGUGUAACGGCCACGUGGACCUGAGCAGGGUGGGAAGCUGCGACCCCGCCACCGGAGAGUGUCUGCAGUGUGCCAACAACACCAGAGGGGGGCAGUGUGAGGCCUGCCUGCCCGGCUUCUUCCACCGGCGGCCCGCAGACGCCUGCCAGCCGUGUGAGUGUGACCCUCAGGGCUCGCUGGCGGCUCAGUGUGACGAUGGCGGCCGCUGUGAGUGCAGACCGGGCUACGAGGGCCUCAGGUGCCACCGCUCCGCCUGUCCCGCCUGCUUCAACCCCGUCAAGACCAAGAUGGAGCUGUACGCUGUGAAGCUGCAGGAGCUGCAGGCUCUGUUCUCCCGGCUGGACGGCGGCGUGCGGCCGGACGGCGACCAGCAGCUGGACAGGAAGCUGCGAGCGGCCGAGCAGCAGCUGACGGAGCUGCAGCGCACCGCCCUGCGCCUCGCAGACAUGGAGAAGGUUCUGCAGGAGCGGCUGUCAUCCAUCAGCCGCAGCCAGCUGGCCGAGGACCGCGACCUGCAGGCCAUCGCCGCCGCUGCCGCCGCCACCCGGCGACGAGAGCGGACGUACGAGUCCAAGGUGGACGACGUCCAGAAGCUGAUCGACGACAUGAGGCGCAGACUGAAGGAGGCCAAGCUCAGCAUCCCAUCAGCUGACGCCCCGCAGGGGGAUGCUUCGGGUUCAGGCGACGCAGCUUCGGGUUCGGGGGAUGGAGCUCCGGCCUCAGAGGUCCUGUCCUCUCUGGCACAGAAAGCUACAGAGCUGGCUGACAGCCACCAGGAGAAGGCGAGCGCGGUGGAGCGCAGCGCCAACGAGGCGCUGGCCGACGCCCAGCAGAGCCUGGAUCAGGUCCGCAAGCUCAUGAACAAGGAGAACAAGGUGAAGGAGCUGAUCGGAGACCUGAAGGACAUGUAUGAUAACACCUCGGCGCAGGUGAAGGCUCUGGAGAACAAGGCCGGCCGGGUGAGCGGCGAGGCCAAGGGCGAGAGCAAGAUGGCGGACGGCAUGCUGAAACACAUCGCCGCCAUGGAGAAGCAAAUCCCCGACGGCCUGAAGGAGCAGAUGGAUGCCGCGGUGGCCCGGCUGGACGGCCUGAAGGGGGCGCUGCAGGAGAACCUGACAGAGUUCCAGGAUAAGCAGGACGACGUGGAGCAGGACAGGGCGGCUGUGGAGGAUCUGCUGGCCCAGGCCAACGCCGCCCAGCAGGACCUGGACCGGCUGCUGGCCCGGGCCAACGCCGCCAAGGCCGACACCCAGGCGGCGCUGCGCGGCAUCGACAGCAACAAGGACGUGCUGGACCGGGCCCUGAACGCACUCCGAGGGUUCGACGAGCAGGUCGGCGGCAGCAAGGCGCAGGCCGACGCCGCCAUCCAGAAGCUUCCGGGCAUCAACGCCACCAUCCAGCGAGCCAAAGAGGAGAACGCAGAGACCCUGUCCAUCCUGGCCGGCGUGGACGAGGACGUGAGCGACGCCCAGGAGACCGUCGGCCUGCUGGACGACGCCGUCAGCGCACUCCAGGGAGCGGUCGACUCUUUGCCGUCUCACGCCGGUCUGGAGGAGAGCGCCACCAAGCUGAACAAGGAGGUGAAGGCCCUGCAGGAGGAGGCGGCGGCGGCGGAUGAGGAUCUGAGCGAGCGGCUGGACGAGGCGGCGAGGCAGCGGGACGACGCCAAGCAGGCAGACGACGGGGCGGUCGGAGCGCUCAGCCACGCCCAGAACGCCAGAGACGCCGUGGGACAAACACUGAAGACCGUCAGCGACCUGCUGAGCGCGCUCACGUCGCCGGGCAGCGUGGACGCCGAGCGGCUGAGCGAGCUGGAGGAGGCGGUGGCCGGCGCCCAGCGCAGCGUGGAGCGCGAGCUGCGGCCGCGGCUGGACGAGGUGGCGGAGCGCGAGGCGGCGCAGCGGCGGCGCCUCAGCGGCCUCAACCUCGACAUCGACAGCGUCCUGCUGGACAUCAGCAACCUGGAGGACAUCCUGAAGGCCGUGCCCAACGGCUGCUUCAACCACCCCCCGCACGAGCACGCCUGAGCCGCCACGCACGCACACACACACUGACACAC